CACCGUACUCAACCUCUCCACCUUAUUCACACCCACCCCAGCACAACGUCAACUUCUCGAAAAAGGCCUCACCUUCAUCCCCACACCCACAACCCUCGACAGGGGGGAACUUGAAAGGGAUAUACUCAACUAUCACAGACGACUCAAACUACAGGACUAUUUCAAAAACAAAUCAACUACUAAAACCACCCUCACCUAUCCCUCCACCUGGACACCCAACUCCUCACAAAUAAACACAAAUAUUCUUCAGUUAAUUAACAGAGACCUAAAUUCCUUAAAUAAACAUAAACCUACCCCAACUCCCCAACCAGAUAACUUAACCCCGGAAGAAAGGAAAGCCCUCCACCAACUCAUCCACCAAAACAACAUCAUAAUCAAACCCGCAGACAAAGGCUCAAAAAUCAUAAUCAUGGACAGACAGCAAUAUCUCCUGGAGGCAAACAGACAACUAUCCAACCAAAAAUACUACCAACCCAUCCCUGAAACAAUCCAGCCCCAAACACAAACAGAAAUCCGACAGAUCAUCCAAUCCCUCUGUGAAAAUAAAUACAUCACCGGUAAACAACGCGACUUCCUCUUCGGCCCGGACACUCCCAGACAACGACACUUUUACCUCCUCCCCAAAAUACAUAAAGACCCUCAGACCUGGACUGUUCCCUUUCAAGUUCCCCCAGGAAGACCCAUCAUCUCAGACUGCUCCAGUGCCACAUACAACCUCUCUCUGUACAUUGAACAAUUUCUCGGUCCACUUUCCACCAAACACCCCAGCUAUAUUAAAGACACCUACCACUUCAUAGAACUCAUCCAGUCCCAAAUACUUCCGUCCUCAGCCUACCUAUUCACCAUCGACAUUGACAGUUUAUAUACUAACAUCAAUACCACCCACGGACUCCAGACUCUCAGGACUUGUUUUGACCGCUUCCCUGACCCCUCCCGCCCUGACAGAGAACUCCUCCAACUCAUCAAAAUAUGCCUCUCCAAUAAUGACUUUUCCUUCAAUAAUAAACAGUACCUGCAGAUCCACGGGACCGCCAUGGGCCAGAGGUUCGCCCCAUCUUAUGCCAACAUCUACAUGAAUAUCUAGAUGACAUCAUAGGAGCCUGGACCCAUAGCCUAACACUCUUUCACGAAUUCAUCGACAUCCUCAAUAACCACCAUCCAUCCAUUAAAAUCAAACACACUAUCGCCCAGGACCACAUCAACUUCCUAGACACCACUGUUUUUUUUGACAACCAUAAUAACCCCACAAAACAACCCCUCACUAAAGUUUAUUUCAAACAAACAGACACCCACUCUCUCCUCCAUAAAACCAGCUACCAUCCAAAACACACCUUCAAAGGCAUCAUCAAAUCACAAAUAAUAAGAUUCCACAGAAUAUGCUCAAAAACAUCAGACAGGGACACUGCAAUAAAAACUCUUUUUCACUCAUUACAAACACACAGACAAUACAGCAAGAGAUACCUUCGGACCAUCAAAAACAACACACUAGCGGCCCUCUCUCCCGCCCACUCAUCCACGCCCUCUGGCUCCCAGGUAGGUCCCGGGGACCCCACCACCACCUCCGUUUCACCACUUCACCCUCAGCAAACCACCCACAACAGACCUACCUCCAUAAUCCCCUUUGUAUCGACCUUUUCUCUCCCAAACACCAACAUAAUACAACA